CGCCAGUUUCUUGCAAGCAACAUAAGAGGAAGUCAACGAGAAACUUGUAAGAGAGAUCACGAUGAAACAAAUUGCAAAAGCGUUCACUCUACUCACGGCCUUGGGAUGUAAAGCCAAUUGUUUGCAGAACUCGAGCAAAGGUGAUGGAUUUGACAAUAUCGAGCCAUCUACCAACUUAACAUGGACACCAUGUUUAGGCGGCUUCACAUGUGCUAAACUGGAAGUUCCUCUAGAUUAUUCAAACACAAGUCUUGGAACAACAUCAAUCGCUUUUCUGAAACUAGCUGGCAAGAACGCCACUGUCGAGUCUCAAAACAUUGUGAUCAUCCCUGGCGGGCCAGGUGGUUCCGGCGUCGAUCUUCUCGCCUUGUACCGAGACAGAUUAGGGCCGGCCCUCGGAGAACAGUACAACUUCGUCUCCUUCGACCCUCGCGGCGUGAAUAACAGCGGUCCGAAACUGGACUGCUUUUCCGGAAACACGGAAGCAAGAUCAGCUUUUAAUCUACUGCACAGGACAGGCAUUACCAAUGUAUCAGCAUCAUCGCUUCAGGAACAGUACUAUUCAAGCAUGAUAUACGGAGAAUGGUGCAAUGCUGCGGUCGAGAAGGAUUCGCCUUUUGGAUAUUACGUGACCACGCCGGCGGUCGCCCAUGAUCUGCUCACGUUCGUGGAAGCAGCGGCCGAGGCAGCCGGUCAGGACCCAUCGGAUGCGAAACUGUGGGCUUACGGCGCCAGCUACGGCACUGCGGUCGGCACGACCUUUGCUUCUAUGUUUCCCGACCGGAUCGGAAGGAUGGUGCUCGAUGGCGUCAUCAACGUAGAGCAAUACUAUCAUAACGACUGGAGAGACAGCGUCGAUCAAAUGGACGCGGGGAUAGAAAGUUUCGCUAGCUUUUGCCAUUCCGCGGGCGCCGAAGCGUGCUCCUUCUGGGGACCCUCGGCAGCUGAGAUCAUGGGCAGACUAGACGCGAUUAUAUCCCAGCUUCAGAACCAGCCUAUUCCAGUCAGCGGAGUUGAGAACGGAGGCUUACCGACGUUGGUCACCUAUUCGGACCUGAAACAACUCUUCAUCAACAGUCUCUACAUCCCGAUCGCGUCCUUCCCUCUCAUGGCGGAUGUUCUACACCAGCUUGAGAAUGGGAACGCAUCUGCUCUCGCGGGCACAUAUUAUGCUUUUGCCACAGGUCUUCUAGACGAUGCCGGUACCCUCAUUCGGUGCGCCGAUUCGUAUCGGACAAAUAGGCUCAGUAGUAUUGAAGAAUGGGAGAGUUUCGUCGAGGAAUCGGUUUCAAGAAGUAAAUACGUGGGCGAUAUCUGGCCCAUCUUUGUGGAGACUAUACUGUGCACUGCAAUUCGACCGGAAUUACCUGAUAGCCUGGUGAUUCCAGACCCCAACGUCAGGCUAAACAGAACCACUUCCUUCCCGAUCCUAUUCGCUAGCAAUACGAUCGACCCUCUAUCACCGUUAAUAUCAGCGCAAAUGAUGCAUUCUCGAUUCCCCGGAUCGGCGCUCCUAUUGCAAGAAGCUGUUGGUCACACAGUAGUCGAGAACGGGGGCUCAAACUGUUACUUCGGGCAUGUUCAGGCUUACUUACAGGGCGUCGUUCCAGCAUCCAACACUACAUGCCCGCAGCAGUAUAUACCUUUCAUCGGUAGCGCUUAAUAGGUUCCAGCAAGGAAUCAGUUUGCUCGCAUGGGAAGCCUGGCAGAUCUUUGGAGAGGUCUGGUUUUCAUUUGCUUUGUUGCCCAGAGCUUGGCCCAUCGUUGCGUGUUUUUCUUGCAUCAUUGACUCGGUCGAGGGCAGCUUUUACAUGACCACGAACUUCAUCAAAUCCCUUCUUCGCUGUUGUCUUAUAGGUCGAUUGACACAUGUUUUUGUGUGAUACAUACUUGUUCGCGAAAUGAAACCUUUACCGCAGCCGUCGCAGCGUUUGUUAAUUUCACAGUCCG